AUGGAUGUGAAACAUGUAUUGAUUCAGUUAACCGUGCCUGAGGACUACACUCGGAUUUUCCAUUGCCGGUACGAAUGUCCAGAUCUUAUGAAUCCUGCCGAAUUCCUUGCCGAUUUGAUAUCUAUUGAUUAUAGCUCUGCUGAAUGUGUGCAUUCUUCGCAAACAAGGAUUGACAAACUUGUUGCCGAGUUCUCGCAGAAUUCUCUUGUUAUGGAAUGUGCAAGUCCAGUUAAUGCUUCGAAGGAUUUGAGUUUUCCAACCAAGUUCGCUAGAAAAUCCUUAACUAAACGUCGAGCCGGAUGGUGGAAGCAGUUCCGAUUGCUCCUUAAACGCGCAUGGAUGCAGGCUUUUCGUGAUGGGCCUACAAAUAAAGUCCGGACACGAAUGUCCGUUGCAGCUGCAGUUAUAUUCGGAUCCGUUUUCUGGCGCAUGGGAAGAUCACAAACAUCUAUACAAGAUAGAAUGGGACUUCUUCAGGUAGCUGCCAUAAACACAGCGAUGGCGGCACUGACGAAAACUGUAAGCGUAUUUCCGAAGGAACGAACGAUCAUAAAUCGAGAGCACGCAAAAAGAUCCUAUGCUAUGGGACCAUAUCUACUAUCCAAAUUGCUUGCCGAAAUCCCCAUUGGAGCAGCGUUUCCAUUGAUGUUUGGUUCAAUCCUAUAUCCUAUGGCUCGUCUUCAUCCUUCCUUAUCUCGGGCAUUUCAAGGUCUUUGUAUUAAUGAGUUCAGUGGCCUCCAGUUUGAGCAUCAAUAUGCGUACGACAUUCAAACCGGAGAACAG